AUGAAGCUCACCACACACAUCCUCAGGUCCCUCCGCGCCCGCCCACUCGUAGCUCUGCGGAGCUCAAGCUCCAGAACCCUCCUCACGCAGAGCCAUUACCGAGGUGCAUCCGAGCCCCCGCUACUACAGCAAACAAUUGGAAGUCACAUCGCCAGUGUCGCAUCUAAAUACGGUGAUUCGCCAGCUGUGAUAUCGAAACACCAGAGCAUCAGACUCUCGUACGACGACCUACACACGCAGUCGACGGCGCUUGCGCAUGGCCUUGCAGGCAUUGGCGUGAAGAGGGGGGACCGUGUUGCGGUCUCGCUGGGAAACAACGCCGAGUUUGCGAUUGCGACGUAUGCGGUGUUCAAGCUUGGUGCUAUACUGGUUCCUCUAAACCCGUCGUUCAAUUCGAACCAGGUUGUUGCGGCAUUGAAUCAUCUUGAUACCGCGCACCUGAUAAUCUCACUCGAAACAAAUCUCCCCCGGAAACCGCCGAGAUCAAAUGUACCGCUGUUCCAAGAGCUCUUUCCGUCGUUGGAGACAUCCAUUGAGUCGGAGCUUGUGCCGUCGCUCAAGAAUGUUCUUAUGGUUGAUAAUUCGUAUGGACGGAUUGACCCGUCGAGGUUUAAGGCAUUCAAGGUGUUUCAAAACACUCUUGAAGACGGCACUGGCCGUGGUACUUUGAGCGAGAAGGGAUUAAACCCGAAUGAUAUAGUAAACAUCCAGUUCACUAGCGGCACAACUUCGAUGCCCAAAGCGGCGUGCCUGACCCAUAUUGGGAUUCUGAAUAAUGGUAAUAGUAUUGGUGACCGUAUGUUACUCACAAAUAAGGAUAUUGUAUGCUGUCCACCGCCGUUGUUCCACUGUUUCGGAUCUGUCUUAGGCUACAUGGCGACCGCUACUCAUGGCUCGGCAAUCGUAUUCCCAUCGGAAUCUUUUGACCCUCUUCUGACUCUCAAAGCGGUCCAAGAAGAGAAGUGCACUGCUCUCUAUGGCGUCCCAACUAUGUUUACAGCGGAACUAGAGCUGCUGCAGAGUGGUGAAGUGCCAUACGAAGGGUUUCAAUAUCUCCGAACCGGUAUAGCUGCCGGGAGCAGCAUUCCAACGGAGCUGAUGAAGAAGUUGCACUCGACGCUGAAUUUGACAGAAUUGACAAUAUGCUAUGGAAUGACAGAGACAUCACCGGUUUCCGCAAUGACAACGACAGACGACCCACUAGUCAAGCGUGUCGACAGCGUUGGGCGGCUUCUCCCUCAUGUUGAGGCGAAGAUAGUCUCUGCAACUGACCGCUAUAAGAUACUCCCAAUAGGAGAGAGGGGCGAGCUUGUAGUGUCGGGUUAUCUUGUGCAAAAGGGCUACUGGAAUGAUCCCAUUAGAACUGUAGAAGUGAUGAUUCACGAUGAGAAGGGGAAUGUCUGGAUGCAUGCAAGUGAUGAGGCUGAAAUGGACGAGGAGGGCUACAUCAAAAUCACGGGAAGACUAAAGGACCUCAUAAUCCGGGGCGGCGAGAACAUUCAUCCUCUAGAGAUUGAAAACUGCCUUCUUUCCCACCCUUCCGUUAUCGAAGCCUCGGUCGUAGGUCUGAAAGACGAAAGGUAUGGCGAGGUAGUUGCUGUAUUUGUCAGGAAAGACGAAUCCAAAGAUAUCACACCCGAUGAGGUGAGGGACUGGGUUAGGGAGAAGCUGUCCCAUCAUCUAGUGCCAAAGUAUGUAUUCUUUGUAGACGGGUAUCCAAAGACAGCCAGUGGGAAGAUUCAGAAGUUUGUGUUGCAGGAGAUGGGUGCUCAAUUGGUUCUUGAGCAACAGAAGAUCAAGGAGUCAUCAUAA